UUCGUAUGACUCCCGGUCAUGGUUUCCACGCUUUGCACAUGCCGUAUCAACACCGUCUUUGCAAAAGGCAAUCUUUGGCACUCGACAGCGAGGAUCCACCACUCCAAACCCGUUCAUUACCAGGAGCUUGCCCAAAGAAAUACCGCUACCAAGUCAGAAAGGCAAAUACAACUCUUGACCAAAUAGUAAACUGGGCACGACAAGGAUCUCUGUGGCCUCUGAGUUUUGGUCUUGCUUGUUGUGCAGUUGAGAUGAUGCACGCCUCGAUGCCUCGGUACGAUCAAGACCGAUUAGGAAUUAUCUUCCGUGCAUCACCACGCCAGGCAGACGUGAUGAUAGUUGCUGGGACAGUGACAAACAAGAUGGCCCCAGCCCUACGUCAGGUGUAUGAUCAAAUGCCUGGUCCAAAGUGGGUCAUCUCCAUGGGUAGUUGUGCUAAUGGAGGCGGGUACUACCACUACAGCUAUAGCGUAGUUCGUGGCGUGGACCGGAUCGUUCCCGUGGAUAUCUAUGUUCCAGGUUGCCCACCGACGGCAGAGGCGCUUCUGUAUGGGGUGUUCCAAUUGCAGAAGAAGAUGAGACAUACCAAAACCACGCGUAUGUGGUACAGGAAG